AUGGACUCAGAUGGCUUCCUAUUCAAGGACGUGGUACCCCUUCCGUUCAAAAUCCUAUUCUUUCUCGAGCUAGGUGUCUUCUUGUGGCUCUUUUUGAUCAUCAUAUGCACCAAGCUUACUCCGAUCAAUGUGGUUGAUCUUCUAAAAUUGUCAUACACUUCUCAUAAUUACACUCAGCUAGACCGGACCUUGCCUUCUUCUGGGGAGUAUGCUGCCAGUAUCCCCAGUGCCGUGAAGGAAAACAUUCUUCUUGCCAAAGGUGUGGUGAGAAACUUCAGGAUAACUACUGUUGUCAAUAUUGUGGGAUUCAUUGUCUACAAGCUUCUUCAAUACAGUCAGAAUGAUUUUGUCCUCAAAUUUAGCCAUACCAUAAUACCGGCAGCCUUGAUAGGUUUCACCUUGCAUAGAGUGUUUUACAAAUCGUCCAACACCAAUUACAAGGGCCAAUACAGAAUAUUCACCACAGCAAAGAGGGUCUUGAUGGGAAAGAUCAAUUCUUCCAGCAUGAGAGUAAACGAUAUUUUACUUUCUGAUUCAUUGAUGUCCUACAGUAAAGUUCUCAACGAUUUUGGAUUAUUUGUGUGGAAAACUUAUAUAUCCGAGGGUCCAUAUAAUGACUAUUUGGAAAUCUCGAUUUUGUCUAUCCCAAUCUUGAUUCGAAUUAAGCAAUGUUGGUUCGAAUACUCUACAACAAAGCAAAGGCCUCAUUUACUCAAUUUGUUCAAGUACGCAUCCAGUUUUGGCCCAUUAGGAGUCAACUUAUGCAUCAAGAGAUUUAUCAAGGUAGAUCAUGAGAUGGACGAAAAUUUAAAGCAAGCCGCUUUACAGAGAUUGCAAACAUUAAAUAACUGGUGGUAUUUGACAUCAUUCAUAAAUUCAACGUACUCCUUUAUUUGGGAUAUAAAGAUGGAUUGGGGAUUUGGUCUAUUUGACCAGUUAUUCGAUACCGAGAAACCUUUUAGAGCAAUUCGAACAAAGAAUCAAUUGCAUUAUCCAAGUGAGUUCAUAUACUAUGUGGCAAUAGUCGUUGACUUCAUGUUGAGAUUUAUUUGGGUACUUAAACCAUUUAUUGUCGAACAUGACCUCAAUAACUCUCAAGAUUUGACCUACUUACACAUCUUGUCGACCUUUUUAUUUGGGUAUGAUUCUUUGUCAUUCGGUUAUACGGUUAUAGAAUUCCUCGAAUUGUUCAGGCGUUGGAUGUGGUGCUUUUUCAAACUUGAGUCGGAUUUUGUCAAGUUGGGUGCUGCGUCAAGUAUAGAGUUGGAAGAAAUUCCAAAACAGAGCUGA